UUGCCUUAUCACUUGGCACUAAGGGCAGAAUAACCCUCUUAAUCAUUGCCUUUCAUGUAUAAAUAGGCUAUACUUAUGUCAUAAGCGUACUUAAAUGCAAAACAAUCUUUCAGAGAAAAUGAAGCCAAAUAAGCUUAAAUGUAUAACUACAUUUUUUAUCCUAUAUUUGUUCAAUCAAAAUGCUCAUUCUGAGCUGCAGGUUGGGUAUUACAGCUAUUCAUGUAGCAUGGCUGAGUUCAUUGUGAAGGAUGAAGUCAGAAAAGGUGUUACUAAUAAUCCUGGAAUUGCAGCUGGGCUUGUAAGAAUGCAUUUUCAUGAUUGCUUUAUUAGAGGGUGUGAUGCAUCAGUGCUUCUUGAUUCCACUCCCUUAAACACUGCAGAGAAAGACUCUCCCGCAAAUAAACCAAGUCUCCGAGGAUAUGAAGUCAUUGAUAAUGCCAAGGCUAAACUAGAAGCAGUAUGCCCAGGAAUUGUUUCAUGCGCUGACAUUGUUGCAUUUGCAGCAAGGGACAGUGUGGAGUUUGCUCGAGGGCUUGGUUAUGAUGUUCCAGCAGGAAGAAGAGAUGGCAGAAUCUCACUAGCUUCAGAUACAAGAACAGAGUUACCUCCUCCAACUUUCAAUGUAAACCAACUCACUCAACUCUUUGCAAGAAAGGGAUUAACACAAGAUGAAAUGGUCACCCUUUCAGGAGCACACACCAUCGGUCGCUCUCAUUGCUCGGCUUUCAGCAGCAGAUUAUACAACUUCAGUACCACUUCAAGCCAGGAUCCAAGUUUAGAUCCCUCAUAUGCAGCACUUCUGAAGCGGCAAUGUCCACAAGGCAGCACGAACCAAAACUUGGUGGUUCCAAUGGACCCUUCAAGUCCUGGAAUUGCUGAUGUGGGGUACUAUGUUGAUAUAUUAGCAAACCGAGGCCUCUUCACAUCUGACCAAACUCUCUUAACUAAUGCUGAAACAGCCAGCCAGGUGAAACAAAAUGCCAGGGAUCCCUAUUUAUGGGCAAGUCAAUUUGCAGAUGCAAUGGUGAAGAUGGGUCAAAUCAUUGUCUUAAAAGGUAAUGCUGGAGAGAUUAGAACAAAUUGCAGGGUGGUCAAUAGUUAGCAAUAGUGGUGAAGGACUCAAGUGCCUGCAGCAAAGAAGAUUUACAAAUUCUAAGUCAUGUUUCUUCUGAGUUUUUUUUUUCUUUUCCUGCUUGAUUACAGAGCAAGUAACUUUGCUUCUUUUUUGUGUGUAUGUGUGUGUUAACGUAACUGACAUUCAUCUGUCGGUGAAUCAAAGUUCUUUCUGUUUGCCCUGAAAUAGAUAGCUUGUCAUGUGCCACAAGAAUUUACUCACAUUAUCCAAAUCAAUUUCUUUUUGCA